CUUUUGUGUCUGUAUCUGUGGGUUUAUGUAUUUUUCUUAGCAGAAAAGACGGUGUGAGGUACAGAGUGAGCAUGGACUCUGAGGUCAGGGCUGUAUGAGCUCCCUGCCCUGCUCUGCCCCCCGUGCCCAGCCUGAUGCAGUGUUUAUUUCUUUACAUCUGCUGCAAUGAAGGAAGUUGUAGUAUUUCUAGUGGUAGGGAACCAUCUAGCCCUGUGGGGCACAAAUUUCUGCAGCCAUACAGACCCCAGUGUGCAGUCAGAGGAUUCUGCAGGGCCAGUGUUAUGCCUCUCCCCAGUUAUUCUCUUCCUUCUGCCCCUUUUUCCAGCGGCCAUUUUGUUUGAUGGGGUGUGAGGGGGGGGUGCAGGAAACAAGAAAGAAAGAGAAAGAACGGCAUGAGAAAGGGCAGAACUGAUUUUAGGAGGCAGCAGUCUGCGUGUGCUCCCCCCACUGCAGCCACCUCCCUUGGUGGCAAAGUGACCCUUAUGGCGCUGUCAGGUUGUCACGGACAUCGUGCUGCAAGGAACAUUGUCCUCUGGGUAUAAAUAGCCACCUCCUGGCAGGCUCCGGCCUUGGGAACAUCUGAAUUGUGCUCCUCUGCUCCGUGUCCUGCACAGCACUGAUCCUGCUCACCUCUAGCAGUCAGCACCGGGCGCAUUGCAGGAGCCUGAGCUGCAGCUGCUGGAGGAGCAAAAAUCCGUAUUUGCUGACUGUACAGCUGGGUCUUGGCUGCAACUCUGCCUCUUACGUCUAGCAAACAAAAGAGCAGCGAACAGAAUUGCUGUUGGCUGGCACAGAAGGUACAAAGGUGCUUGCAGACUGCACCUGCAUGGAGGCAGUGCCGGGCUGUGUGGGAUGGACGUGGCUGUUGAGGAUUCAGUUUGUUGGGGUGCAGUGACAUUCUGACCUGAGGUGCACAGGGGCAGGAGCCCUGCUUUGCCUCUGUAUGGAGACAGCCCCAGGAGCUGCUGUUAUCAAUCUGGAAUGCUGUCCUCCCUGGCAGUGGAGGAGUCUGCUCCCCUCCAGUUUCAGCCUCCCUUGAUCUUUGUUUUCUUAUCUCUCAGCUUUGAAGAUAAGGAAGGGAGAAGGUGGUGCUGUCCUGGCUUUGCUGGGGCUGAUAGGGACUGCCUCAAUGGGAAAUGUGUAUGGCUGCAGGUCGGCUUUGGGUGACAGGAGCAGGGAGGGCUCUUGAGGUUUUUGUUAGAUCAGUAAUGGGAUUUCUGUGAGCCCCAGCACUGAGCCGUAGGUUUGUGCUGCCCGUCCUCCCCACAGGAAGAGUUGGAUGCAGAACUCAGACUGUAACCCAGCUGUUCCGGCUUUGCUGGGGAGCACCCACAGUUUGGAGAGGAAUGAGCGUGGCAGCUGUGUUCAGCACCUCACAAGUGCCCCGUGCAGAGCCUGACUGACGUGGCUGCCGUGUUAUGACGACCCCCAACAAAGGAAACAAGGCCUUGAAGGUGAAGCGGGAGCCAGGCGAGAAUGGGACCAGCCUGACAGAUGAGGAGCUGGUGACCAUGUCUGUGCGGGAGCUGAACCAGCAUCUGCGGGGCCUGUCCAAGGAGGAGAUCAUCCAGCUGAAGCAGCGCCGGCGCACGCUGAAGAACCGAGGCUACGCGGCCAGCUGCAGGGUCAAGCGCGUUACCCAGAAGGAGGAACUGGAGAAGCAGAAGGCAGAGCUGCAGCAGGAGGUGGAGAAGCUGGCCUCUGAGAAUGCCAGCAUGAAAAUGGAACUCGAUGCUCUCCGCUCCAAAUAUGAGGCACUCCAGAACUUCGCCAGAACCGUGGCCCGGAGCCCUGUCACCCCCGUGCGGGGCCCUCUCACCUCCAGCAUGGGGCCCCUCGUCCCUGGCAAGGUCGCUACCACUAGUGUCAUCACAAUAGUGAAAUCCAAAACGGACGCCCGGUCUUAGUGAAGCGAGUGUUGCCUGAGCUUGUCUGUGCAGGGCAAUUAGGCACAAAACCAGCCUGGAAUCCCCAAAGCACAAACCCUCCCCACACGGGUCAGGGUUCCUUCUACUUGGCCCAGGACUGGCCUGCUGAUCGCUCUGGUUUUGUUUUGUUGUGUUCAGAUUGGUAUGAGCAGUGGUGAUGCAUCCCUUGUCCUGUGCAGACAGCACCUCCCACCCAGCGGUCUGUAGCCCUCAGCUGCCCUUGGGACAGGCUUGUAAGAUCUUGGUGUUCUGGCCAAAGGAAGUCUGCGCUGCGCGGCGAGAGGCCCGGAGGGAGGCUUUCUUCCUGGAACCCCAGUUUUCAGUCACUUCCAAAGGCUUUCUUUCAUUACUCUUCCAGGUGGUGUAUCCAGGUGCCUGACUGCCCGGCACCUGAGCCUGCUGCUUUUGUCUCAUCCGGUACCUGUAGUUGCAGCUGGGGUGUUCUGUGUAAUAGAUGUGGUAUUCAUUUCUAGGUGCGCCUCUGUGCCCAAGCAGUGAGUUUCCUUCAGGCUUCCAUUGCAGUAGAGUGCGGAUAGCGGCGGUGGAUGGGAAGAUGCUGGUGUGCCCCACUGCCUCUGCCCCAGCUGAGGGGAG